AUGGCCACAGACAGCAGCUCCUCCGGGUCCCAACAUUUGCGCUCCGGCUCCGAGACCCCGACUGCUGCGGCUACGGCUCGACGCCCUUCCGCCCUCUCAUCGCUUAGCAGCACCUCAAGCAGUGCCGGCUCCUGGUCCAGAGCCUCAGCCGCAUCUACUGAUCAAAGCUUCCCUUCACGCACCAGCUCAAACGCCGCCUUUGUCCCCCGCCCGUCGAGUCCCAACCGCGACUCCUUCAUCUCGAUUGUCGACGACCCCUUCUUCCAGCACUUGGAGAGCCUCGACACCCCUACCUCUGUUGCUCCCGAUUCGUACAAGCCUAUCGAGUUCGAGUCCGAGACAUUGGCGGAGAUCCCUUUCUUCUCGCCUGGGGCCCCUCGCAGCAACAGAUAUGAUCACGAGGGUCAACAGAAGCAACACUGGCCACCCCCUCGUCGAGAGUCUUUGACAAUUGGAUCUUCACAAUUUUGGUCACAUCAAUCCUCCGCCAUGGAGAGCUACAACAUUGCCAUCAUUGGCGCCAUAGGCGUCGGCAAGUCGACGUUUGUUCAGCGAAUCCUGGGCCUGUCGCGCCCACCCAUAUCUACCGCGUCUAGCGUACGCAUCACCGUCGAUUCCGCCGCUUAUAUGAUAACACUUCUCGAGCUGGACCUGGAUUCCUUCGAGUUGAACACACCACAUCCUAUCCAGUGGCCGAAACAGAUCAACGGCCACAUUGUACCCCGAGUCGACGCCGCCUUGGUGCUCUACGAUGUUACCAACAAGGACACCAUCUGCGAGCUUCCUCAGACCUUGGCUGCUUUGACAAAUUCUAACAUGCCCGCCAUGCUGGUCGCGACCAAAUGCGAGGCACCCGAAGAAGAACGACAGGUCAAUCCCGAUGACCUGGCCAGCCACACCCUCUUCAGGUCCUGCUUGGCCCACUUUAAGAUCUCCUCGACCAGCCCAGAAAUAGAUCGCACCUGUCUGCAUGCCAUUCUUAGGGCCGCCGUGGCUCAUAGAAGGGAUGAGACGGGCGAGAUGGGCGCUGCUCGCAAGAGAGCGCAGUCCGCCGCGAAUCUCGACGCCCUCGAUUCCAGCGCCGGCAGACCAAUUAGUGAAGGAAGGCAUAAUCGUGCCAGUUCCGACUUUUCACUGCUCCGUGGCUUCGCGGCUCCGUCCACCGGCCCUCCUGGUACAGAUGGCCAUUCUCAGACGCAGGCGUCCAGGAGUCCACACCGAGGUUACAUCCGUACCCUUGAGCAUUCGAUGGCAGUUGUUGUGGGUCCGACGCUGACAUUGCCCCCCUUAGGUGGCCGCGCAAACGACUCCUUCCUCGACGUCGACGAGUCCGAUACUGAUUCUCGUCGAUACUCCGACGACAUUCCCAUCUUGCAGCGAAACGAUGACGUUGUAGUAGAGAAGCAGCAAAAGAUGGCAGGCGUGCCUUUCGACGACCUUGUGGAUCGCCUGCUGGCGUUGCCCCUUUCCAGGGCAGAUCUCAAUUUCUUCGAUGUCUUCCUUUGCCUGUAUCGCAAGUUUGCUGCGCCUGGAGAGCUCUUCUCUGCCAUUUUGAUGCGGCUGGAUCGCGUGAGAGAUGACAAGACAGUUCAUCAUCUGACCAAGACGGCAACUCAGCUCAGGAUCAUCGAGACUGUAGCCAAAUGGGCGUCGCUGUAUCCCGGUGACUUUGCUCGCUUAGCUACGCGGCGAAACUUGGACGAGUUCAUCAGAUAUCUUUCCACGGAGCCGAUUUUCUGCAUAGCCGCGAGGCAGAUGCACCGAAAUCUAACCCUCCACGUAAUCGAGGAUGACGAUACCGGCUGGGCCAACGCUGAUGAUGCUGACGACCAGCUGGCCAGCGAUAUUCUCUCCAAAGAGCUGAGCGAGCUUCCGGCUGGACUGACCGCCCUACAGUUCGAAGAAGACAACUUUGAGAGACCGUCUGUGAGCUCGGAGAACCUGGCCAGGGUGGUCGGUAGCGGCGGCCAGAUACAGCUUUACUCGUAUGAGGACUACGACAGAGAGGCGGCCACCUUGGACCCCACAGAUCACUUGCCGAUGAACAAGUUUCGCUACCGCAUCUUUAUCGAAAUCAAGGACGACGAUAUCGCUGAUGAGCUCACCCGCAUCGACUGGAUCAUGUUUUCUUCGAUACGCAUUCGCGAUUUUGUCCGUCAUGUCAGCUUGCCAGCCAGCCAAAAGGAGAGCUGCAAGAGCUUGAACAAUGUAAACCGCAUGAUUAACCACUUCAACCACGUCGCCAAGUGGGUCGCCAACAUGAUUCUCCUCCGGGAUAAGGCGAAGCAUCGAGCCCUCGUGCUGGAAAAGUUUAUGAACAUUGCUCUCAAGCUCCGCCAGCUCAACAACUACAACGGUUUGGCGGCCGUCCUGGCUGGUAUUAACGGAACGGCAAUCCACCGUCUCGCUCAAACCAAGGCUCUAGUUUCGCCAGAGACUCACAAGAAAUUCGCGAGAUUGGUCAUCUUGAUGGGCACCCAAAAGAGUCACUUUGCCUACCGCUUGGCCUGGGAGAACUCUCCCUUGCCCCGCAUUCCCUUUAUGCCCCUGCACCGUCGUGACCUGGUGUCUGCCGAGGAGGGCAGCAAAACCUUUGUUGGGCCCAAUGGCGAUCGCAUCAACUGGAAAAAGUUUGAGGUCCUCGGUGAGGUUCUCCUGCCCCUCAUGAAGAGCCAGGGAUCGCCGUACCCAAACCUUUCCAAGAACGACAAUGUUCGUGAGCUAAUAUUGGGCUGUCAUAUGACGACGGACGAAGAGGCACGAUAUAGCAUUCUUUCCUUUCUUGAUGUCGAGGGUUCCUCGUCAGGUGGUGGAGCCUUGGAGCCAACCAAGAAGAUCUUUCCAUGGCUUAAGGACAUCAUGCAGCUCGCGAGCGUGAGCUUGCCAAAUCUCCAUCUUGUCGGCAACGAACAACAGCUGGAUUUCUCACUCGGGGGCUCACUGCAACUGCGGUUCCCAGAUGGUGUGAAUCCUCCGAGGACAAGCAGCGAUUUGUUGAAGCUGGUGAUGGAAAAGCACCUGUGGGUUGCACGAACCGGUUCUUGCCAUCUUCAACUUGAUGUUUCCAUCCAAGGCGAACCCGUGUCAGAGAGAAAUCACAUUGCAAAGCUCGUGGAAUGGGUGAGGGAUUGUGAAAUUUGGAGCCGAGUGGGAGUUCGGCUGCAUGCCCAGGAAAGAGGUGCGAUCGAACGUCCGGGCAAGAUAUCGUUUUCAAUACAGCAUCCGGAUUUAUCGUCUACUCUGGUUACUCAAAGAGAUGCAUUCACGGCUGAGUUCGAGUCUGUGACUUGCCAUGUCAACAUUUCUCCGAAGAAGGACGUGCCAUCCGUGAAAAAAAGCUCAUUAAAAAGAAAACGGACCAAACAGUCCAUUGAAGGCGUCGAAGCCCAACCACCGACCGACGUGUCCGCAGAUGACGAACAUUUUAUGUAUUUGACUCCGGAUGAUAAGAGAGCUAUCGAUGCCUUUAUACAAAGCUUGAAUACGAUGCCGACUCAACCGGAACCAGACAAAUCUACUCAACAUCCAUGUCAGAUUGAAUUUUCAGACGCUCUUAAGCAAUUGUUUCAAGUUGCCUUGGAGAUAUUUGUUCUCGGAUCACGCAAACAGUAUAAAGGAAUUACUACGGCUAACUGUACUCGCGCUGAGUGUCUGACACGAUUGGCACCCGCGGUUUUUAACAUGGCAUAUCUAAAGGCUAUAUCUGAUCGGGCCUCUCUACUACCAAUCAUAGCCACAUCGCUUGCUCGAAUGAAAACCGCCGAAUCGCCCAGCCUUCGGCAAAAGGUUGCUUCACUCGCCGCCCGUGUGACUGACGUUGAAUGUGACCACCACGACCGUGUCAUAAGAGGAAUUGAGAAAAGUGCGUGGGAUGUCUUGCUAUCGACAAUAAAAAUGCCAACCAGACCAAGAACAAGAGGCCGUGAUAUGAAUAGAGUGGGGCCAAGUACGGAACCCACGUCAGGAACAGGAUUCUGUGAACACAGCACUCCAAUACCAGCUGUGGUAAAGGAAGAGAGAGACGGUGUAGCAUUGAUUGCGGCAUCGUCAGAUACGAACGGCCAGAUGGAAAACCAUGAGGUGAGGCAGUCAUUUUUCCAGCAACGAAGCCCCAAAUCCCUCGAACCCUAG